GUCGGGCCCGCGGAAAUGGGCGAGCAUAAUCUUCUUAAUCCUGGGUUUGUGGGACCUUUGGUAAACAUCCACACUGGAGACACAUUCUACUUCCCAAAUUUUAGAGCAUCCGGGGGACAACUGGCGGGGCUACCCUCUCUCUCCUACCCGAGAAGGGACAAUGUGUGCUCCCUCCCGUGGAAUCCGUCGGAGCCCUGCAAUGGAUACCCUCAGUCCUACUUUAGUAGUCCCGUGUCCAUUAACCCUUCCUUCAACCGAUCAUGUGAAAUAACACGGCCGGAGGAAGGCAAAUGCUACUAUAGCAACGGCAACGGUAGCAGGGAAAUCUGUUCGGAGGGCAGCGGUCUUAAAAGAGAGGACAGGGCUAGGGACAAUUCCUCCUUAGCCUCUGAUCACGGAAUCCACAAUGGCAUGGGCAACAGUGAUGCUUUUUCCAAAUAUGACUAUGGCAAUGAACAGCUAAACCAAGACCCACCGUCGUGCCAGUCCCUUGAAUCCGAUUCCAGUUCGUCGCUGCUCAAUGAAGGAGGGAAGACCCCUGCUAGCGACCCUCGGACACUGGCUUCGCCGGUAGAUCAAGCAGGCAGCUUGGCAGCAGGCGGAGGUGCCCCAUGGUACCCGAUGCACACCCGGAGCCGCAAGAAACGCAAACCCUACUCCAAACUACAGUUGGCCGAGCUGGAAGGCGAGUUCAUGCUCAAUGAAUUCAUCACAAGACAGCGGCGGAGAGAACUGUCCGACCGACUGAACCUUAGUGAUCAGCAAGUUAAAAUCUGGUUCCAGAACAGGCGGAUGAAGAAGAAGAGACUGUUAUUGAGAGAACAGGCUCUAUCCUUCUUUUAG